UUGAUAGCAGAAUAUAAUCAUUUAUUAAAAAAAAACAUUACUUUUGACAAUACAACAUUUACUAAGAUCGUAAUGAAAAAUUUUCAUCAUAAAUUCAAUUUAGAAAGAUAAAUUUCCUCGUAGUUGGAUCUCAUUUUUGGGCCUGAGUAAGAGAUCCCGGUGGUGCAAAAAUGUUUAUAUAUAGGUAUAUUUCAGGUCUGGUGGAGACCAUCACUGGACGCGAGGAUGACGAAAACUAUGAUCCCCAUCUACACCGAAAAGUCCCGAAGCCUACCACGUACGGGGAAACCAUGAUACACUUGCUUAAGGGCUGUAUCGGUGCAGGCUUGCUGGCUAUGCCCGACGCCGUACGACGCCUGGGCAUUAUAAUGGGUACCGUGGGUAUCAUUUUACUCGGAGCCAUUGCCACGUACUGCAUACAAAUAUUGGUCAUUGCAGAGUAUAAGGUAUGCAAGAAGUUAAAAAAGGGAUACGUUAAAUUUCCUCGAGGUAUGAUGGAGUCAGUCAAAAUGGGCCCGAAGUGGAUCCGGUGGUCCGGUCCCUUGUUCUAUCAGCUCGUUGACAUAUUUCUCAUCGUCUGGCAAAUUGGUGUUUGCGCUAUAUAUUUUGUAUUCGUAUCUGAGAAUGUAAAACAGGUCCUUGACUUCUACGGUAUCGAAUACUCGUUGCGAAUGAUUAUCGUCUUUGUCUUCCCUCCGCUUCUUUUACUAAGCAUGAUAAAAGAUCUAAAACUAUUGUCGCCUGUUUCUUCGACUGCGAAUAUAACAACCCUGUUGGGAAUUAUCCUCGUGUUUUUUUACCUGAUCCAAGAUGAUGUUGAAAUCGAUGCGAGGAAAUUUUCACCAAAAGGCGUAUUCGAAGUUCCCGUAUUCAUCGGUAUAACCCUGUUUGCGUUAGAAGCAGUUGGAGUGGUGCUGGCGCUUGAGUACAACAUGGAGAACCCCAAGGAUUUCACUGGACUCUUCGGACUGUUCAGUAUCGGUAUGGCUAUCAUUGUGGCCAUAUUCUGCGUGCUAGGCGUUUUCGGUUAUCUUAAAUAUGGUGACGAGGUCAAAGCAUCUAUAACCCUCAAUUUACCAUUAGAGGACAAAAAGGCUCAAGCCGCAAGACUUGCUUUUGCUAUAUCCCUGUUUCUAUCCUUUCCACUGCAAAAUUUUGUGGCUUACCAAAUCGUUUGGCAGAAGAUUUUGAAGAAAUAUAAGCCCAAAGCAGAAAGACUAUGGGACUACUUACUCAGGGUCUUCCUCGUCGUAAUACCAUUCUCGAUGGCUGUGGCGGCUCCUAUGCUUGGCCCAUUCAUGGGUCUGAUUGGUGCUCUGUGCCUGUCGAUGGCUGCCGUAGUAUUUCCCGCCAUCAUGGACGCGUGUCUCUUUUACCCGGGUGACUUUGGAUUCUGUUACUACAGAUUGACGCGUGAUAUUUUGAUCAUAAUUUUUGGUAUAUUUAGUUUGUGCGCUGGCGUUGCAAACAGCUUAGCCGAGAUGGCUGAGGCUUGGCAAUAAUUUUCGUGAUUUGUAAAUUAAAAUGUAACCAAACAAGUAAUCGAAAAUAAAUCUGUACUCACCAGUAA